AUGCAAUCCCCUAAGUUCUAUGUUGGUUUAACAUUUGUAUCAAAGCAAGAGUUUAGAGAUGCAGUUUACAAUCAUGCUUUCAACAAUGGGAAGGAAUUGAAGUUUAUUAGAAAUGACAAGAAUAGAGUCUAUGUUAGGUGUAGACAAACCGGUUGCCCAUUUAGAAUUAAUGCUUGGAAAGUUAAAAAUGCCAUGACUUGGAGAAUUGCCAGUUAUCAUGAGGAGCAUGAGGGCUGUGGUUGGGUGUAUGAAAACAGUAUGGUUAAAUCAACUAGGGUUGCAAAGAGAUGGGUGAAAGAGAUUGGACACCAUGUCACCUGGACAACUGCAGAAUUUAGAAAGAAGGUCAAAGUUGAUGAGGGAUUUGAGUUGUCUAGCAAGCAAGCCUACAGAGCAAUGAAGAAAGCAAAGGCAAUCCUUGAUGGAGAAGCUGAAGAGUCUUUUAGAAAAAUUUGGGACUACUGCUUGGAGAUUGACAAAACAAACCCAAAUACUUCAUGCCAUGUGAAAAAAACAGAAUUACUGUAUGAUGGAAAACCAAGAUUUCUAAGGAUGUAUUUCUGUUGGGAGGCUUCAAAGGAGGGAUACAAGUUUUGUAGGAAGCUCAUUGGAGUGGAUGGUUGCCAUUUGAAAACUAAGUUUGGAGGUCAACUGUUAAUUGCUGUUGGGAUUGAUGGGAAUGACAGUAUCUUCCCGUUGGUGUAUGCAAUUGUUGAAGGGGAAACCAAGGACUCAUGGAGCUGGUUUUUUACGUUACUUAAGAAAGACUUACAAAUCACAGUAGAAGCACAACAGCAACUAACAUUUAUCUCAGACAAACAGAAAGGGCUCCUUCCUGCAUUUCAAGAAGUGUUGCCUAAUGCCUCACACAGAUUCUGUGUCAGGCAUCUACAUGGUAACAUGAAGCUGGCAGGAUUUCUAGGCAAAGCAAUGAAGGAUGCUUUAUGGGCAGCAGCCAAGGCCACAACAGUGAACAGCUUCAGUGAUGCUAUGACAGAAAUCAAGGACUAA